AGUUUGUAGUUCGUGGCGUGUUGUCAGUUUCCAGUGCUGCUGUUGUCGGUUCAGCUCUGAUCCCAAAUCUUAAAGUGUCUCAGCGUGAUGUCUUUGUCAUUUGAAGGAAGAGUUGUACUUGUCACCGGCGCCGGAGGAGGCCUUGGAAGAGAAUAUGCAUUGGCUUUUGCUGCCAGAGGGGCUUCAGUAGUUGUGAAUGACCUUGGGGCAGACACAAAAGGGGGUGGAAGGAGUUCUGCAGCGGCUGAUAAGGUGGUGGAGGAGAUAAGAGCAAAGGGAGGCAAGGCUGUAGCUAACUAUGAUUCUGUAGAAGAUGCGGAAAAGCUGAUCCAGACAGCCCUGGAUGCAUUUGGAAGAAUAGAUAUUGUUGUAAACAACGCUGGAAUUCUUCGGGACAGAUCAUUUGCCAGGACCAGUGAUUUGGACUGGGACCUCAUUCAGAGAGUUCACUUGAGAGGCUCUUUCUUGGUGACUCGAGCUGCCUGGAACCACAUGAAAAAGCAAAAUUUUGGCAGAAUCAUCAUGACGGCCUCGGCUGCAGGCAUCUAUGGAAACUUCGGCCAGGCCAACUACAGCGCUGCCAAGCUGGGCAUGCUGGGGCUAGCUAACACCUUGGCAAUCGAGGGACAAAAGUACAACAUCCGCUGCAACACCAUCGCUCCCGUUGCCGGCUCACGCCUCACGGAGACCGUCAUGCCGCCAGAUCUUGUGGCAUCUCUGAAGCCCGAGUACGUUGCUCCUUUGGUGCUCUGGCUCUGUCAUGAACAAUGCCAAGAAAACGGAGGACUGUUCGAGGUUGGUGGAGGCUGGAUCGGUAAAUUGCGGUGGGAACGUUCCCGGGGCCGAAUUGUGAGACAAAAGAACAAACCCACGACUCCUGAGGCCGUCCGGGAUGACUGGAGCAGAAUCUGUGAUUUUACCAAUUCCACCACGCCGGCUAACGUACAAGAGUCUCUGGAGUCGAUUGUGACUGUGCUUUCUCGAGUGGAGUCUGAGAGCGAAGCUGGUGCAAAUCCAACAGCAGCUGCAGCCUCUGUGGCGUCUGGAGGGAUUAAUCCUUCUGAAGCCGUGGGACAGAAAAUCCCAACGACCUUGUUCAGCUACGACCACACCAAGUGCAUCAUGUACGCGCUGGGGGUCGGCAUGUCCACCAAGGACUCAGAUCAUCUCAGAUUCCUGUAUGAAGGGCAUCCCGACUUCAGCUGCCUCCCCACGUACGGGGUCAUCCUCUCGCAGGCGGCGGUCAUGGGUGGCGGCUUGAGCUCCGUCCCCGGACUAAACAUCGACUUUACAAAGGUUUUGCAUGGAGAGCAGUAUCUGGAGAUUUACAAGCCUCUCCCAACUUCAGGUACACUUAACAAUGUAGCCACGGUGGUGGACGUGCUGGAUAAAGGAUCUGGAGCCGUCAUCGUCAUAGAUGUGAAAACCUACAACGGUGACGAGCUGCUGUGCUACGGCCAGUUCACGGUGUUUGUGGUUGGAGCCGGAGGCUUCGGAGGGAAAAGACAGUCGGACAAAGCCAAAGCUCCUCUGCCUCCUCCUAAGCGUGCACCAGAUGCUGUGGUGAUCGAUUCCACCACAGCAGACCAAGCUGCCUUGUACCGUCUGAGUGGAGACUGGAACCCUCUCCACAUCGACCCCAGCUUCGCUGCCAUGGGAGGCUUCAAGGCUCCCAUCCUGCAUGGUUUGUGCACGUUUGGCUUUGCCGGCAGGCACGUCCUCAAGCAGUUCGCCAACAACGACCCGUCCAGAUUCAAGGCCAUCAAGGUUCGCUUUGCAAAGCCGGUGCUGCCGGGUCAGUCUCUGCAGACUGAGAUGUGGAAAGAGGGCAACAGAGUCUACAUGGAGUGCAAAGUGAAGGAGACGGGUGCCGUCGCGCUGGCCGGGGCCUACGUUGAUUUACAUGACACAUCAGACGCUUCCCCGGAAAAUCCCCCCCAGGGGGAAGGCCUGCAGAGCGAGCUGGUGUUUGCAGAGAUCGGCCGUCGCGUCAAAGACAUGGGCUCAGAGCUGGUGAAGAAGGUGAACGCCGUGUUCGGCUGGGAGAUCACAAAGGAUGGCAAGAAAGCUGCGCAGUGGACCAUUGAUCUGAAGAACGGCGCCGGCUCCGUGCACAGAGGGCCGUUCACCGGAAAGGUGGACGUGACCUUCACCGUGUCGGACGAAAACUUCAUGGAGGUGGUGACGGGCAAACUCAAUCCUCAAAAGGCGUUCUUCUCUGGCAAGCUGAAGGUUAAAGGGAACAUCAUGCUGAGCCAGAAACUGGAGGUCAUCCUGAAAGAUCACGCCAAGCUCUGAGAUCUUCUGCCAAGCACUCAUAUGUUUUGAAGACCUAAACAUCUCUCCAGUUCUCUUCCUGACUGAUGUGUGCAGUGACACACUUUGCCUCUCAAGAGAAAUUCAUAAAAAUCACCCACUGAGAUUAACCCUACUUCUGAAGGAAUUAUUUCUCAUUAAUUAAUUCUAUACUGGAGUUUCAACUCCAUCAGCUACGGGUGUUAGAAACAGACACGGAGCAGCUGGAUGUUCACUCUGGUACUCUGUCCUUGACGAACAUGCAGCUUCACCUGAGGGUUAAAAAUGGUUAGAACUGAUCAAUUUUUAAACCAAUUUCAUGAUCACUGCCUUACAAAAACCGUGAUUCUGUGGCAUUUGGAAUCAUAAGUGUGUAAUUUUAUGUAUCUGCUAGUGAAACUUAAGCUGUGUACUAAUGGAGACUUGAAAAUGAAUGUGCCUCUUGUUAAUAUCUGUAAUUAAAUUUAAUGGUUGUUCUAAUACAAAUUAAAGCCAUUCAGAAUUAUA